CUGCCUGUGCAUGGAUUCAGCUAAUUAAGUAGGUUUAGCAAUAUGUGAAAUGACUAAACUGCCCUUGAAACCGUCACGUGGCAUGUCGAGAUUGGGUGGAUUAAAUAGUAACAGAUGCCAACUUUGUUGUAUUAAAUCAUGCCCACCAUUCAUGGUCUUGUUCUAUGCCCAUUUAAAACAAUGUUCAUGCCAACUCUAUCCAACAUUUUUUGAGCAGACUCUCAAAAGCAAAUUUCUAUGAUGUUCUUCUUCUCUGAUAAACUUUCAGAAAUUCAAAGUAAAAAACUCUCAAUUUCAUCACUGAAUUAAUAUUUAAAAGGAGCAGCAAUGGAAAGCACCGACUCAUCGACUGGCUCACAGCAGCCCAACCUCCCACCAGGAUUCAGGUUCCACCCCACGGAUGAAGAACUAGUAGUGCACUAUCUCAAGAAAAAGGCAAGCUCAGCUCCUUUGCCGGUUGCGAUAAUUGCAGAAGUUGAUUUGUAUAAGUUUGAUCCAUGGGAAUUACCAGCUAAGGCCACGUUUGGUGAGCAAGAAUGGUACUUUUUUAGUCCGAGAGACAGGAAGUAUCCGAAUGGUGCGAGGCCUAACAGGGCGGCUACUUCAGGUUACUGGAAGGCUACCGGAACUGAUAAGCCGGUCUUGACCUCAGGAGGGACUCAAAAGGUUGGAGUGAAGAAGGCACUGGUUUUCUAUGGAGGGAAGCCCCCUAAAGGGAUCAAAACCAAUUGGAUCAUGCAUGAAUAUAGGCUUGCUGAUAAUAAGACUAACAACAAACCCCUUGGAUGUGACUUGGGCCACAAGAAAAACUCACUAAGGCUUGAUGAUUGGGUGCUAUGUCGAAUCUACAAGAAAAACAACACGCAUAGACCUAUGGAUCAUGAUAAAGAUGACUCCAUGGAUGACAUGAUUGGUCCAGUACCAUCGUCCAUAUCAAUUGGUAGCCAACAUAAUGCAAAAUUUCAAUUCCCAACGAAGGGCACAAGUUUUGGCACAUUGCUUGAAAGUCAAGAGCAUAGCCUGUUCGAAGGAAUGAUGGGGAAUGAUGGGAUUAACAAUGGAUCUAUGUCUCAGUUAGGAUGUUCAAACUCAAAGCCAGACCUUUCUAUGGUUAAUCCUCUCAAAAGGACUCUACCAUCGCUUUACUGGACCGAUGAGGACACAGCCAGUCCUUCAACAAGAAAGAGAUUUCAAGGGGAUAGCAAUAAUGGAAGCAUGGAAAAAACAGAUGGGAAUGGUUCAAUUGCCACUCUAUUUAGCCAGCUUCCACAAACUCCAUUGCAACAACAAACAGUUCUGGGGUCAAUGGGAGAUGGGAUUUUUCGGCCUCCAUAUCAACUUCCAGGACUGAACUGGUACUCUUAAUUCAAUUCCAGGUAGUGGGUAUUCCAUAGAUAAACCAUCUAUGCCUUGAAAAAAAAGUUAAAAAUCAAAAUUUUCAAGUAGCUUGGAAGCUGUCAGUGUCAUGUUACAUAUACUUGUUGAUACAGUCGCCAAGAGUGAUGACGCAUUUGGAUUGGGAUAAAUAUUGAGAUUUUGGUUGUUAGGGAAGAGAUAAUUGGAAAAGACUUCUUUAGAUGAACCAGGCCUCAAAUAUUUCUCUGAGUGUAAUAAAUAGCUGCCAAAAUUUCAUCUCUUGAGGCCAUAGAUCAUAUAGGUAAAAUUUUAUAAUAUAUAGUACUAUAUAUAUAUAUAUUGUAUACAUAUAGUUUGCUGUUUAUUAUGUAGAGAUGCAAAGAAAAAAGAAAAGGGGGAAAUGAGAGAGAGGUGGAAACUUAAUGUAGGAAAAAAAUAAAACUGAUGGGCUGAUGAUAAAAUAUUUUGCUUUAGAAAUACAACAUUGAAACCUUGUAUAGAAAUCCUUGUUGUAGAACUUUAGUAAUGUUGAUGAUGAUGCACAUUUUAAGAAUAUAUAUUGGUUGGUUUUGUUUA